GGUGCAGCUGGGCUGGUCGCAGUGCGCCGAAGGUUGAGGGGUCAGAGUGAGAACUAAGGGAAGGGUGGGACCCCGACCCAGACCAGCCCUUGACUGUACCAGCUACAAUGAGAACAAUCUGAAGAUUGGCCUGAAGGAGGGAAUCGUCCCUCCAGCGCGUAGUGGAAUCUUUUUCUUGAAUGAAACUGUACAGAGUGCUUCAGAGAAGAAAGAGCUUCUGUUCAGAAGAGAGCCCAUGUUCAGGCCUCCCUGGCUACAGUUCUCCCCUCCCACAAUCUUCAUCGCCCUCUUCUGGUUGUCAGGGAGCUGACAGUUGCUGGGACUGAGAUGUUAGUUUUGGGGUAUUGAUGUUUUACAAUGCCUGAUCAAGACAAAAAGCUGAAGACCACAGAAAAACCCACUGAUAAAAAGCAGCAAGGAAUCACCACCAGGGACUAUUCAGAUCUUAAAAGACUUCGGUGCCUUUUGAACGUUCAGUCAAGCAAACAACAGCUUCCAGCCAUUAACUUUGAGAGCGCCCAAAAUAGCAUGACGAAGGCUGAGGCCGCCAUCAAGGCGGGCAGGCACAGAGCUCGAGGUCAGUGGCACGAGUCCACAGAAGCUGUUGAACUUGAAAACUUUAGUAUAAACUACAAGAAUGAGAGAAAUUUCAGCAAACAUCCCCAGCAUAAAUUGUUUCAGGAGAUCUUUACAGCCUUGGUGAAAAAUAGACUCAUAUGCAGGGAGUGGGUUGAUCGAGCCCCAUCCAUUCAUUUUCUGAGAGUGUUAAUUUGUCUGAGGCUAUUAAUGAGGGAUCCAUGUUAUCAGGAGAUACUCCAUCAUUUGGGUGGGAUCGAAAACCUGGCUCAGUACAUGGACAUUGUGGCCAACGAGUACCUGGGCUGUGGCGAAGAGCAGCACAGUGUGGAUAAGCUGGUCAACAUGACGUAUAUAUUUCAAAAACUUGCGGCUGUCAAAGACCAAAGAGAGUGGGUCACCACAAGCGGAGCCCACAAGACACUAGUAAACUUACUCAGUGCUCGAGACACUAAUGUUCUUUUGGGCGCUCUUCUGGCCCUGGCCAGCCUAGCAGAAAGUCCACAAUGUAGGGAGAAGAUAAGUGAACUCAGCAUUGUAGAAAACCUAUUGAUGAUUUUACAUGAAUAUGAUUUGCUUUCCAAAAGACUCACUGCAGAGUUGCUGCGCCUCCUCUGCGCCGAGCCCCAGGUGAAAGAGCAGGUGAAGCUGUACGAGGGGAUACCUGUCCUGCUCAGUCUGCUGCACUCAGACCACCUGAAGCUGCUCUGGAGCGUCGUCUGGAUUCUGGUCCAGGUUUGCGAGGAUCCCGAGACCAGUGUGGAGAUUCGCAUCUGGGGAGGCAUCAAGCAGCUUCUUCAUAUUCUACGAGGAGAUAGAAAUUUUGUUUCUGACCGCUCCUCCAUCGGAAGCCUGUCUAGUGCGAACGCGGCAGGCCGAAUCCAGCAGCUUCAUUUGUCAGAAGACCUCAGCCCUCGUGAAAUACAAGAAAACACCUUCUCUCUUCAAGCCGCCUGCUGUGCUGCCCUCACGGAGCUGGUGCUCAAUGACGCCAACGCCCACCAGGUGGUCCAGGAAAACGGUGUAUAUACAAUAGCAAAAUUAAUUUUACCAAAUAAACAAAAGAAUGCAGCAAAAACCCAUCUACUACAGUGUUACGCUUUCCGAGCCCUGAGGUUUCUCUUCAGUAUGGAAAGAAACAGACCGCUCUUUAAAAGACUUUUCCCCACGGACUUGUUUGAAAUCUUCAUCGACAUAGGACAUUAUGUUCGUGAUAUCAGCGCUUAUGAGGAAUUGGUAUCAAAGUUGAAUUUGUUAGUGGAGGAUGAACUGAAACAAAUUGCUGAAAAUAUCGAAAGCAUUAAUCAGAACAAGGCUCCUUCGAAAUAUAUAGGCGACUAUGCAAUUCUGGAUCAUCUGGGGAGUGGAGCUUUCGGCUGCGUGUACAAGGUUAGAAAACGUAGUGGUCAGAAUCUUCUAGCAAUGAAAGAAGUUAAUUUGCAUAACCCAGUAUUUGGAAAGGAUAAAAAAGAUCGAGACAGCAGCGUGAAGAAUAUUGUUUCUGAGUUAACAAUAAUUAAAGAGCAGCUUUAUCAUCCUAACAUCGUCCGCUAUUACAAAACAUUUCUGGAAAAUGAUAGGUUGUAUAUAGUCAUGGAACUUAUAGAAGGAGCACCGCUUGGAGAGCAUUUCAGUUCUUUGAAGGAAAAACAGCACCAUUUCACUGAGGAAAGACUGUGGAAAAUAUUUAUACAGUUGUGCUUAGCUCUUCGAUACUUACACAAGGAAAAGAGGAUUGUGCAUAGAGACCUGACACCAAACAACAUUAUGUUGGGGGACAAGGACAAAGUGACCAUUACUGACUUUGGCCUGGCAAAGCAAAAACAAGAAAACAGUAAGCUCACAUCUGUUGUUGGAACGAUCUUGUACUCUUGCCCAGAGGUGCUGAAGAGCGAGCCAUAUGGAGAGAAGGCCGACGUCUGGGCUGCGGGCUGCAUCCUCUAUCAGAUGGCGGCUCUGAGGCCUCCCUUCUACAGCACCAACAUGCUCUCCUUGGCUACAAAAAUAGUGGAGGCGGUGUAUGAACCAGUGCCAGAAGGUACUUACUCUGAGAAAGUGACAAGUACCAUCAGCAGGUGCCUCACUCCUGAUGCAGAAGCCCGCCCAGAUAUUGUAGAAGUCAGUUCGAUGAUUUCAGAUGUCAUGAUGAAGUAUUUAGACAACUUAUCUACAUCUCAGCUAGCUUUGGAGAAGAAAUUGGACCGGGAACGGAGGCGCACACAGAGAUAUUUUUCGGAAGCCAACAGGAAUGCUGUCACGUGUCAUCAUGAGCUGGCUCUGCUGUCUCAUGAAACCUUUGAGAAGGUAAGCUUGAGUAGCAACAGCAGUGGAGCAGCCAGCCUGAAAAGUGAGCUCUCAGAAGGUGCAGAUCUGGCCCCUGAGGGCUUUCAGGGACCCUGCGGGAAGGAUGAAGACAGGGCCUGUGACGAAAUGCUGUCCGAGGACAGCUUCAACCUGGAGACUGUCGAGAAAGAUAUCUAUUCAGAGCUAGACGAUGAAUUGGACAUUUCGGAUAACUCCAGCAGCUUGAGCUCAAGUCCUUUGAAAGACUCUACAUUCAGCAUUUUAAAAAGAAGUUUUAGUGCUUCGGGAGGUGAAAGGCAGUCGCAAACAAGGGAGUUCACUGGUGGAGUAGGACCAAGACCACGCCCAGCAUCUGCAGGGAUUGCCGUGUCCCAGAGGAAAGUGCGUCAGAUCAGUGAUCCUAUUCAGCAGAUACUAAUUCAGCUGCACAAAGUCAUCUACAUCACGCAGCUUCCUCCGGCAUUGCACCACAAUUUGAAAAGAAGGGUAAUAGAGAGAUUCAAGAAAUCCCUCUUCAGCCAGCAGAGUAACCCCUGUAACUUGAAAUCUGAAAUUAAAAAGUUAUCUCAGGGAUCUCCAGAACCAAUUGAACCAAGCUUUUUCACAGCAGAUUACCAUUUAUUACAUCGUUCAUCGGGUGAAAACAGCCUGUCCCCAAACGACCCCACAGGUCCACCUACCAGCUUUGAUUUGGAGGAGGGAAUAACAUAUGAACAGAUGCAGACCGUGAUUGAAGAAGUCCUUGAGGAAAGUGGCUAUUACAAUUUUACAUCUAACAGGUACCACUCCUAUCCAUGGGGGACCAAGAAUCACCCAAGCAAGAGAUGAAAAUGCACUUUGAAUGCCCUCAAUUUUCCUGGUGAAGUUCAAAUUCUGAUUUCAUCCACUGCUGCAAGAUGUCCAAGGACUGAAUGUCCACGGAAGGGGAUGGGAGAGCGAAGACCAAAAUGCCAUGGAGGCUGCAGGACGUUUUUUCAGGAGGCCUUGUGUAGGGGUAUAUGACAGCUGUAGUUCUAGGGAAUUCCCUUCCAUUGGUCGCUCUAUACAAGGUGGCUGGGCUGUCAAAGUAUUCCUGAGAGAAAAUGCUGCAAAAUUCAUCUGUUUGUGCAUGGAUGGAGGGGGCCAUACACAUAGAACUUUCCUCCAAGUUAAAGAGAAAAACUUGUUAUAUUUUUCAAAGAAACAUUUUAUACUCAGGAUUGCUGAAAAUAUAGUGAAAGACAUCUACUCUUCCAUGUAUAUAUAGUUUUGGAUAAAGAAAAUUACAGGACACAGAAUGAUAUAUUGGGUGAUUCACUAUGGCCCCAAUUUUUUAUCUUAAAAUAUUGUAAUUUUUUUUAAAGAAAGGGUUGGUUCUCUUAACCAUUUGGGUGCUAGUGGUCUUGAACCACAGUACAGUGUAGACAGUAUUUAUAACCUUGCACAGCAUCUGGGAACAACUAUUAAUUGUCAGAUUUAAC